UUAGGCCCAAGGAGAGACUUGCGACGACAUUCCACUCCACGACUGGUUGUCCCCUGAAAAACAAAGCAACGAAUGGACUGAAAAUGGCGCUGCAGCUUAGGCUAGCUCGGUCACUUUGAUUCUCUCUUUAUUCCUGUAUUGUGUUAUUGUCAGCGGUCGGAGACAGUCAUGGAGGCGAUGGUGAAGAAAUAUCAGCAAAAAUUCAGAAAGGUUAGGGACGAAAUGAACCGUUGGGACGAGCUUCAAUCUCGCUUAAUUUCACAGUUCCGGAAUGCCUCCUCCAUCAUCGAGAGGCUGCAGAAUGUUAAAUUUUGGGCGUCUGUUGUCUGUGAUCAGGUGCUUCAAGACCCUAGCAAUUAUGGUGCUCUGAAUUGUAUCGACGGCAUCAGGGACGAGGUGCUGAGAAAGCAGAUGGAGUCUUUAGAAAUAAAUUUCCUUUCUAUGAAGAGAACCAUGGAAGAGUUUCAUGGUAUUGUUUUUUCAAUCGAGAAGAUUCAUCGAGACAGUAAACAGCAAAUUAAAGGUGGUUCCAGUAAGCCAAAUGCAAAGCAACUGCAGCAACGAGUUGGCAUAAAACCCAGCCUUGUUGACUGCUUGGAUGGGCUUUUGGUUCUUUAUGACAUGCACAAUUCUGAGUACCGUCUCAAAGCAUCAGUGGUUUCAGCACUAUCAGCACUUACCUUGAAACCCAGUGCCAGUGAUCUAUGUGCUCUCCAGCAGCUCCUGGUUGAUCAGCCUAAUAUCCCCAAAGAGGAAGUUCAAUUCAUAUUUGAUAUCAUAUUUGCUGAAGAAAUCUGUUGAUUCCACCGUGGUACAAAAUAGCAUAUCUUGUACCGGGAGUACAAAGUGGAAUCGUUUUUUGAGGUUUACUACGGUGAUCAUCUAGCAUGCUUGUUGCCUGGUAAGGAGACUCCAUAAAAGCUGUCUGCAGAGAGAAUCCUGAGAAAUUGGUGCUUGAUAGCACAAACAAGGCACUCAGAAUUCCGUUAGAUGACAAUCUUAUGUGAUGAUAUCCCGGGAAGUGGUGUGAUACAUAGGCGUAUAUACAAGGGAGGUGUCCAUGAUUUUCCUGUAUCGGUUGCAAGUUAUGCUUAGGUCUCUCUCUUGUAUACGUUAUGUGUACAUGGGCUAUGCCUAUUAUUCUCAUCAACAAAUGAUUUGUUAGUUAUAGGUAAAACUUGUUUCUGCCAAAACAAACAUUGACUUGCAGAAAUCCGAUAUUGAUGAGCUGGGAGCCUUUAUAUAGUACUUCAUUUCGACA